CCCAGCCAGCCGCGCAACGGAUAGAGGGAUAGGCCUCGGCGCCGAUUCCAUUGGAGCUCCGCCACCCUUGGCUCCCAGCCUCACUUUUUUCGCUCGCCGCGCUACCCCACCCCACAGAGACACGUCCCGUCCCACUCCCACUGCCACACCCUGCCACUGCCAGCUAGCUCCCGCGAUCGGCGCCCCGCGGGGAGCUCGAGCUAGUGUAAAUAUACCGUGGGCGGCGGGAGGAUCAGCAGAGCCGGUUCGUUCGUCGUGCCCCGCGCGCUCUGCACUGCGUGGUCACCACCACCAACACCACCACCACCAGCUAAGGUAGCCGAAGAGAGCCAGGGAGCGAAGCGGAGCGGAGGCGAGAUGGACCACGCGGCGGACGCGCACCGGACGGACCUGAUGACCAUCACGCGGCACGUGCUGAACGAGCAGAGCCGGAACCCAGAGUCCCGCGGCGACUUCACCAUCCUGCUCUCCCACAUCGUCCUCGGCUGCAAGUUCGUCGCCUCCGCCGUCAACAAGGCCGGGCUCGCCCAGCUCAUUGGGCUCGCCGGCGAGACCAACGUGCAGGGAGAAGAGCAGAAGAAGCUGGAUGUCCUGUCCAACGAGGUGUUCGUCAAGGCCCUCGUCAGCAGCGGUCGCACCUGCGUCCUUGUGUCCGAGGAGGACGAGGAAGCAACGUUCGUGGACCCUAAGCUACGUGGAAAGUAUUGUGUUUGCUUUGAUCCCCUCGACGGCUCCUCCAACAUCGACUGUGGCGUCUCCAUCGGAACGAUCUUUGGGAUUUAUAUGAUCAAGGACAAGGACAAUGUCACUCUGGCCGACGUACUGCAACCAGGCAAGGACAUGCUUGCCGCUGGAUACUGCAUGUAUGGCAGUUCCUGCACGCUUGUUCUGAGCACUGGAAGUGGUGUCAAUGGCUUCACACUUGAUCCUUCACUUGGCGAGUUCAUACUAACUCACCCAGACAUCAAGAUACCUAAGAAGGGGAAGAUUUAUUCAGUCAAUGAAGGGAACGCCAAAAAUUGGGACGUGCCUGUUGCAAAGUUUGUGGAGAAGUGCAAAUACCCCGAAGAUGGUACGCCACCAAAAUCUUUGAGGUACAUUGGAAGUAUGGUUGCUGAUGUGCACCGUACCUUGCUAUAUGGAGGUGUAUUUUUGUACCCUGCUGACCAGAAGAGCCCAAAUGGAAAGCUCCGCGUCCUGUAUGAAGUUUUCCCCAUGUCAUUCCUAAUGGAGCAGGCUGGAGGUCAGUCCUUCACAGGCAAAGAACGGGCUCUUGAUCUAGUCCCAACCAAGAUCCACGACAGAUCCCCGAUAUUCCUCGGCAGCUACGACGAUGUGGAGGAAAUCAAAGCCUUGUAUGCCGAGCAGGCAAAGUCAAGCUCGGCUUGAUCAGCGAACCCAAAUGAGGUGUAAAUCGACCUGAUUCAGACAUUUCUUCCCUUGGUGUCGUCGUAAGUUUGUAACAUUCAGUGUAAUAUAUAGUAUGGGGGCCCGGAACAGCUUCACAAGCAACUAAGGUCCUCCGAAAAAAGUUACAUACUCAUAGUUUGAUUCGAGUUAUCCAUAAAUUAUAUACAUACAUGCAUGCACAUAUGCAUCUCUAGCACCUAAAA